UCUUAAAAAAAAAUUAGAUUAUUUACGCUCUAAUCCCAUUUUAUCCAAGCGGAACAAUUAAACUUCUCAGUUGAUAACGUUAUUUUGUUGAGCUAUUUCCCACAGAGCGGUGACCCCGCAUUGGUUAGGACAAAGUUGUUAUCUAUGAACCAAGGUGCGAGCUUGGAAGUGUUUUUGUUAGCUGCAACUAAAUGUUACACGAAGCAAUAAAUGAUAUGCGUGGGAGAUUGUAAAUCUUAGCUGUUUAUUUUCCAGGCGCAAUCGCAUAAUAGCAUUGAUUAGUCAUUGAUAAAAUCCUUAAGGUGAUCUGGAGGAAAACGUGUUAAAUAAUGGUGAAGCUAUACGCCAUCAGUGUGUUCUACAAGGCCCCCAAUGAGGCUCGAUUACUGAAGUCGGCAUACGACCUGCAGAGUUUCUCAUUUUUUCAAAGAGGUUCGGUACAGGAAUUUAUCAGUUUUGCAAGCAAAACCCUCGUCGAGCGUACCCAAGCGGCUACACGUCAAUCCGUAAAGCAGGACGUUUAUAUGUGCCACGUAUAUGUCCGAGCGGACAACCUGGGCGCUGUGCUAAUCUCAGACCACGAAUAUCCCCAUCGGGUGGCUCAUACCCUGUUGACCAAAAUUCUGGACGAUUUCAACGCCAAGGUGGUUAAAGAUCAGUGGCCUUCUGGAAGUGAAUCUUCAAUUGAUUUUACUACACUGCCCGCAACGCUCAGUAAGUACCAGGAUCCACGGGAAGCCGAUGCUCUCACAAAAAUGCAGGAAGAUCUGGAUGAAACGAAGAUUAUCCUUCGAAAUACGAUAGAAGCUGUGCUGGAGCGCGGGGAAAAGUUGGACGACCUGGUGUACAAAUCCGAAUCGCUUUCGAUACAGAGCAAAGCGUUUUACAAGACGGCUAAGAAGACCAAUUCUUGUUGCAACUUUGGCUAAGUUCGCUUGAAGGCAAUCAUGCAGUCAAGAAAAUUUCAACCCACCAAAAUAUUGAACACAAAGAAAAUAUCUCUUUUGGUUAGGUUGUUGGAAUUCUGGAAUUAUUUGGCAGUGGAAAGCAUUCUCAAGAUUGAACUGUAUUAUUUGUGCUAGACAAAUCUUAAUUAAACAACAACAUUUUACUAUUAGUUUUACCGAAUACGACGCAAGAUUAUGUUAUGUUUCUUGAGUUGAACUGCGAAAAAUAUUAUAUUGUUUGUCAAUGUUUCCCAAUACUCCAUUUUUUGUCAUUUGAACAUCACCAUGAAAUAUUGUCAUGGAUAAUUGGCUUUAGUUCAAAUGUUUCAAAUAAGAAGAGAAGUAGACCGUUUUUUCUAGGUUCAACGUUUUUCUUUUAGGUUAUCUAAUUUGUUAUAUUUUUAAAAGAUACGCGAAAUCAAACAUGCAUAAAUAAAGCAUAAUGGGUUAACAUCAUUGUAGUAGUAUAUACGUGAAUACUGCUACAAACACUGACGUGAAAUUAUCACUAUUCCGUCAUUUAUUGGAAACUAUAACAAAAAGCUUGUGCGUUAUGUGAUUACAUACUGCUGGUCGUAACAAGUGGGAUAAGUGGAGGAACGAACAUAUACAUACAUAUACCUAAACAAAUAAUAACGAUAAAGCUAUUAAUGAUGUUUUGAAAAAGUUGCUGUUCACAUAUUGAGCAUUCUACUACGGCAUUACUGGCAUUAUGGAGCCUUGCAGGUCGGAAGUAAAUAAAAUAGCCUCUCGCCAUG